UUCCGCCUCUGACGUCAGUCUCCGAAUCCUUCCUCCGAGCGCCGUGAAGCGUUUAUAAUCUCCGGUGUAUAUGACUGCUGAAUACCGCCUCCUACACACAAACCGAGUUCCCUCAAAGUGUUUCCAGCAGGACACUGACGACCUCUGUAUAAAUUCACGGACCUAUCCUCCAAAGAGGCGUCUGUGUGUGUGUGUGUGUGUGUGAGUGUGUGUGUGAGAGUGUGUAUGUAUGGUGUUUGGGUGUGUGUAAAGUAAUGGACCAGCAAAGACAACGCACUCUUUCCACGUCAGGGGAAACACUGUACCAGGUUCUUGGGGUUACUAAGAAUGCUACACCAGAUGACAUCAAAAAGUGCUACAGGAAACUAGCUCUGAAGUUUCACCCAGACAAAAACCCUGAUAAUCCAGAAGCAGCUGAGAAGUUUAAGGAGAUAAACAACGCUAACGCCAUCCUGACUGAUUCCACUAAACGCAACAUCUAUGACCAGUACGGCUCCCUCGGUCUCUAUGUGGCUGAGCAGUUUGGAGAGGAGAAUGUUAACACAUACUUUGUGCUGUCCAGCUGGUGGGCCAAAGCGCUGUUCAUCUUCUGUGGCAUUGCGACGGGUUGCUACUGCUGCUGCUGUCUGUGCUGCUGCUGUAACUGCUGCUGUGGGAAGUGUAAACCACGACCUCCUAUGGAUACCGAUCCUGAGUUUUAUGUCUCGCCUGAAGACCUGGAGGCUCAGAUGAAAGCCGAUGAGAGAGGGCACUGAUUCUGUGGAAAAGAAUAAACGGCGAGCCCAUCAUCGUGCAGCCUUCCUCAGCUACAGAAAGCACUCAGCUGACAACAGAUGGUCACCACACCAGUUACCGCACGGACACUGGCCUCAACUAGACAACUCCACCACUUUCCCUCAAUUAGAACACCAGACCAGCAGAGGGAGCCAUCCUGCGUCCUCCAGCCCAGGGACUGCUGAGAGGGCUGAACGAGUGGACAGGUGUCCGUCCACCUCUGCUGUGAAAUGUCAAAGCUUUUAAAGUUCAGGCUUGUAUCUGCACAUGUAACAGAGCAAGGUUUUAUUUUUACUUUUAUUUUUUGCGAUUUGAAAAACCCAGCUUGUUUGACACUUUCUCAUGUCCCCCCACACAGUCCCUUCAUACAGCCCCCCCACACAGUCCCUCUAUACAGUCCCCCCACACAGUCCCUCUAUACAGUCCCCCACAAAGUCCCUCUAUACAGUCCCCCCACACAGCCCUGAUCAGUCAUGGUUUUUCAAUAUUUAUAGUAGUUUUUAAUAAUUAAUAUCCACAUUGUACUUGGACAACCAUAUAUACAAUUAUUAUAAUUGAUUAAUCUACAAUUGAAAGAUCUCUGAAAUUCAAAAGAUGAAUUAUUAAUACUUAUAAUUUUACAGACUUUAAUAUUUAGCAUCUUAGCUUUUUACAUAUUUUUUUUUUAACGCACAGCAAACAAAUAGCUUUGCAUGUGUACGGAAUAUAGAAAGGAUUAACAAAUUAUCCACAUUUUAAUUAGUCUUUAGUUGUUGUUAGUGUAGUGUAGUUUGUUUAAUCCACAAUUUUAGCAAAGAAAAGUGUACACUGCCUGGCUUCUAUGUAGCCUGCAUCUAUUCAACAUUAUUUUUUAAGCAGUUUCUAUUUGCUUUCCAAAUCCCACACAUAUUAGAUUCAAAUACUUUGUAAUUUGUCGGUAUUAUUGGUGUGUGUGUGUGUGUGUGUGUGUGUGUGUGUGUGUGUGUGUGUGUGUGUGUGUGUACUAGACACAACAAUAUGAAUAUCUGUCCGUUUUUCACGUUCUAAGAGCAUUGGCUGGUCCCCAUAAGGAUGUUGUGUCAAUUUAGGUGUAAAAAUAGGAUUUGUUAGCUGUGUUGUAAUUAUUUCAGUGAGUGGUAUCAUGAGGAUUUUGAGACUGUAUAGGGGUUUUAUAAGGGUGUACAGCCCUGUUAUGGGGGUUGGGGGAUGGUCCAACCCAAAAAACAGCAAAAUAUGACACACAGAGUUCAUUACAACCAAUGUAAACAAGCAAACUGUGUUUAAGUGUUGCUAACCUCCUGACCACUGAUUUGUUGUUAAGAUCAUUAAUUCAGAUUUUGCCAUUUUGGGCUUGGCCACUUGUAAAGGAACUGUUUCUUUCAUUAACAUUUACUAAUUACUUGUCUAAUUAACUGUUUAAGAACAGCAGUCAGUUAUUUUGUUGAUGUUUGUUUUUUUAUUUGUUUUUGUUUUUUGGUAGUAGGUGUAAUUGAAGCUGCAUGUUUAUUUUCCCAAAAGUCUUUAGGUCACAUGGGAAAGUGUGUAACGUGUCGAAAUACAUAACGUCUCAAAUGUCUUAUUUAUCAUAUUAGCUGGUCGUUUCCUCAUAGUACAAAGACAUACUGUAUGUUUGAACCCGACAUAACUGAACUGUGCAAGACGCAUAGGAGGAAUACAGUUGUGUAAUCGCAAAGAUUAUUUGUACAGGGGAGUUGUACAUUGGAAUUGGAUUAUGUAGGAUCAGAUGUAUGCAGGUAUAAUGUGUAAACAGUAAUAUCAUUACGUAACAUAAUCCUGUGGAAAGUAAUCAUGACUCAGCUUCUGUGGUCUGUGCUCUCUCUCUCUCUCUCUCUCUCUCUCUCUCUCUCUCUCUCUCUCGUGUUGUUCCUUCCUCACUGACCUCCAAGGACAAGUAUCAUUUAGAAAAAUUUCGGUAGAAAUAUAUUACAGUUGCAUUAAUGAUAAUGUCGAAUUGUAAUGUAUGAUUUAGUUUUAUGAAUGUAUGGGAAAAGAGCUGAUGUGGCUGUUUUGUUUGUUUUUGUUUUUCACACAAUGUAAGGAAAGUUUUCCUGAAAUCUAUUUUCUAAAUCUAAUGAUGAAACUAGAACUAGAUGACCUGUAUUGGAAGAAUUACUCAUCCGUGUAUGGAGUGUUUGUGUAACUUAAAACCUAUUUUGUGUAGUUCAUUUUAUAAUUUAAAUGUAGCUUAGCAUUUUAAUUGUGUGUACAUAUCAUACACUGUUGUCUAGCUUAGUCAUGGUCUUAUAUGCCAAUAAAAGAAUUGUAACGCCAAAUUCAGUCACAUUUUAACAGCGAUUCCGAAUAUGAAAUCACUGACUACAAAGUGAUCACAACCAUUUGGAUAAAUUACCUGAGGACACUUUUCUGUUCCAUUUGUAUGGUGUUCAUUACUCUUUAUCUCGAUGAUGAACCUGUGUGUGUGUGUGUGUGUGUGUGUGUGUGUGUGUGUGUGUGUGUGUGUGUAAGCACUAUCAAAAGAAAAGUGAGCAAUCUUCUUCCAAAUUAUUUAGACAUGCUAAAGAUUUAGAGACAAUGUGAUAUAUAAUUUAUUUUCGUAUGCUUUUAAAAACUAGUUUCAGUGAUGUGUGUAUGGCUGUGGCCAUUCAGCUAAAAACGCUGACUUGUUUUGUACUGUGUAGAUGUUAUCUGUUAAGUUGCGGGCCUGUCACUGUUGCAGGGAUACUGUGUGUGACAGAGAUGUGAUCUGUUCAUUUCCUGUUGUAAAAUAAAUGUUUCUGAACCUGAA